ACGAGAGCGCGAUUGGCCAGCGGUCAGUGGGCGAGUCCCGGCCGCUCCCGCCCUCCGGCGGCUCCUCAGCCGCGGGGCUUCACCUCUGCGGGACAGGGAGGCACGCUGGUCUCCUUUAGCCUCGGUCUGGGCGCGGCGAGGACCCGGGCUGGCGGCCCAAAGGCCCCGCCGCCCGUCAAGGGCCCUGGUGCACCUGCAGAAGCCCGGGUCCUCGCAGGUGGUGCCACCGCGCGACUGUCUGGCGCGACCGUGACGUCAACCGAGCGCAGGCGGCGAUUGGUUAGCAAUAUGUGGCGUGGACAGGCGCUGGCGUGGGCCAUUGGGCGCGCUACCAGGGGGCGGGACUUGGGGGCGGUGCGCGCCGCGCACGGCGCUCAAAUGGGGCGCGCGCCCAAGGCCUCCAGGGUUCUGUGUUUGAGGUUGGAGAACUCACGCCUCGGGGCGGCGCGGGAGCUACACGGUGGAGCGAGGUGGCUGAGGGCCAGCGUGGGCGUGGGUCCCUUGUUUCUCGCCGAGGACGCAUGUAGGCCAGCUCCCAGCUUCGUUGAGAAGACUUGUACUCUUGGCCAGAUCAGACAUUUUGUAACGAUGCCGGAAAUACAUACUGACCAUCUCGAUGAGCAACAGGUUCAACUUCUGGCAGAGAUGUGUAUUCUUAUUGAUGAAAAUGACAAUAAAAUUGGGGCUGAGACCAAGAAGAACUGUCACCUGAAUGAAAACAUUGAGAAAGGGCUAUUGCACCGAGCUUUUAGUGUCUUCUUAUUCAAUACUGAAAAUAAGCUCCUGCUACAGCAGAGAUCAGAUGCUAAAAUUACCUUUCCAGGUUGUUUUACCAAUACUUGUUGUAGUCAUCCGUUAAGUAACCCACAAGAACUUGAAGAAAAUGAUGCCAUUGGAGUAAGAAGGGCGGCACAGAGGCGUUUAAAAGCUGAACUAGGAAUUCCUAUGGAAGAGGUUCCUCCAGAAGAAAUAAAUUAUCUAACACGAAUUCACUACAAAGCUCAAUCUGAUGGCAUUUGGGGUGAACAUGAAAUUGAUUACAUUUUAUUUGUGAGGAAGAAUGUAACUUUGAACCCAGAUCCCAAUGAGAUUAAAAGCUAUUGUUACGUGACAAAAGAAGAACUGGAAGAACUUCUGAAAAAAGCAGCCAGUGGUGAAAUUAAGAUAACUCCAUGGUUUCAAAUUAUUGCAGAGACUUUCCUCUUUAAAUGGUGGGAUAACUUAAGUCAUUUGAAUCAGUUUGUUGACCAUGAGAAAAUACAUAGAAUGUGAAUGUACAGAUGAAUGACUGUUGAAUAUUUUCUCUAUGUAGUAAACUUAGAAUGUUUCUGUUUGUUUUAAA